AUGUCACUUAACGUUCCACACAGGGACAUGCGUUCCCGUGCCAAAUCCACCACUGAUAUAAUGACAUGGCCUCAGCUAAACCAUAAUGAGACGGCUUUCAAAUGCAAAUACAUUACUAAGUGUGACUCGCAACUAGGUGAUGGGAACUUUAGUAUUGUGAAGGAAUGCAUGAAUAUUCAGACGAAGGAUCUGUUUGCCAUGAAGUUAGUGAAUAAAAACCUUGUGAAGGACAAGUUACAAAUCAUACAAAGAGAGUUCAAAUUAUUGAAGUUCAUCUCAGAGGAGAUUAGAUCUCUGGAGAGGAACCAUGAACACGAUUCGUUGGCUUCCAGUUCCUCAUUGGCGAGGGUAAGGAGGUCAUCUGCAAAUGAUACCUUUGAUGGCCACCAUCACAUUUUGCAAUUAUUCGAUUUUUUCGAAACUCAAGAUAGUAUUGUCUUAAUCACACAACUAUGUCAGAAGGAUGAUCUUUAUGAACUUAUUAUUAAUAAUGGGAAGUUGGAUUUACAAAGGCAAGUGAUCCCAUUUACAGCUUGUCUAAUUAGUGCCUUCCAAUUCUUACAUUCUCAUGGUAUUGUUCACAGAGAUAUUAAAGCGGAGAAUGUAUUGUUCAGAUUGAAUAAGAAUAAGAGUCAAAGUAAUAAUACUGUAGACACCAAAUAUGACUUAAUGGCUCAUGAUUUAAUACUGGCAGACUUCGGGUUGGCUGUCCAACUGGAUGCGGCAACAGAUAAUGCAUUGAAGGAGUAUGUGGGAACCAUCUCAUAUAUUGCACCGGAAAUUGUAAAAUGUAAGGGAGUAGGUUCCUUCACCAGAGAUGAAUUAACCAACCUGAAGAAAUAUGGUUGCCCCGUUGAUAUUUGGGCAUUAGGUGUUUUGGUGUAUUUUAUGGCAUUUGGUUAUACUCCAUUUGAUUGUGAAACGGAUGAUGAAACAUUAGAUUGUAUUAGUAAAUGUGAUUAUUAUAUGGAUGAGGAACUUGUCAAUGAUCCUAAAUAUAAAGAAUUUUGGAGUUUCAUAAAAUGUUGUUUCAUUGUGGAUGAUAAUAGAAGACCAAGCUCUUUUGAUUUGAAAACUCAUCCAUUCAUAUCAGAUUAUUUUACUACUUCCAACGGGAGCUCUAGACCACAGUAUUUAUUAAGAUCACAAUCGCACACUUUGGCCGAUUAUAAGGAGAAACAAAAGAUGAAGAAAAAUAGCAAUACAAGUAAAGAUAUCAUUGUGGAAGAUCAAGAAUUAGUGGAUGUACCUGAAGAUAUUUAUGACAAUAUUUCUUUGGUAAGAAAUAAAUCAUCCUCAUCGCUGCAUUCAUUGAAAUCACCAUCGAGAUCAAAUAUAUCGUCAAACUCAUCCUCCACUUCAUUAUCAUAUUUCAGUAUAUCAAGACCCAAAACGAAGAAUACUAAUGUAUCAGAUGACUCGGUAAGGCCGCAAAAUGAGUCAACCCACAAACUUAAUGUUCCUGAACUGUUACUUCAAAAAGAAGAAGAUCAACAAACUCAUGAUAAGAAUUUGGACAAGAUAAGAGAUACUUUAAGGAGAACAUUGUCAAUGACAUCUUUAAGGAAACCAGUGCCAUUGUCCACUUCAUCGUUAAACCCUAAACAAUUAAAGAAGAACUCGACAUUUGUGUUGGAUCCUAAGCCGCCAGUUACAUCAUUAAUGAAUGGUUGUUUCAGUACUACACCAGAGGCACUCUCCAAUUUCAAUUCUCCAAAAGUGUUGUCAAGACAAAAUUCGUAUAAUGAAUCAAUGAACUUUACAGACUCUAUUCCAAAUACUACGGAAGGACCCUAUAUCAACAAGAACUUGCAAUAUAGUGUUGAGAAUGAUGAUGAAGAUGAUAUUGGUAUAGUGAUAUAG